UCGAGCGACUCCGGCCUCGCGCGAGUCCGUUGUGCGUGCCUGAUCCGCCGCAUCAUAAGAGAAAACUUCUGACGAUUGAUUACCCCGGAGGAAAAUAAUUAGACUUAAGGCUUUGUUAUUAACGAGGCGUGCUAGUACUCAUCGACACCUCGUCCGGCUGCAAUCAUGGGCGAAGACUUCAACGGAGACCGUGAUCGUAAAGAACACAGAGAAAGAGACCGUGGAGAGAAAGACAGAGAAAGGGGUGAACGAGACAGGGAUCAUGGUGACAGAGACAGAGAUAGACGACACAGAUCAAGAAGUAGAGAUCGCAGGAAACGCUCCCGUUCAAGGAGUAGAGACCGUAGAGACCGCAAACGCAGUAGUUCUCCCAAAAAGGGAAGUUCUUCCAGAGGCUCUAGACGAAGAAAGCCUUCGCUCUAUUGGGAUGUCCCUCCUCCAGGCUUCGAGCAUAUUACUCCACUACAGUAUAAAGCCAUGCAAGCUGCUGGACAAAUUCCUGCAAAUAUUGUUGCAGACACUCCACAAGCUGCUGUUCCUGUUGUAGGGUCCACUAUUACUCGACAAGCUAGACGUUUGUAUGUUGGAAAUAUUCCUUUUGGAGUAACAGAAGAAGAAAUGAUGGAGUUUUUCAAUCAACAAAUGCAUUUAUCUGGCUUAGCUCAAGCUGCUGGUAACCCAGUAUUAGCUUGUCAGAUAAACCUUGACAAAAAUUUUGCUUUCUUAGAGUUCCGUUCCAUUGAUGAAACAACUCAAGCAAUGGCCUUUGACGGUAUAAACUUUAAAGGACAGAGUUUAAAAAUUAGAAGACCACAUGAUUAUCAACCAAUGCCAGGAAUGACAGACAAUCCAAGCAUGAAUGUUCCAGAUUCACCACACAAAAUCUUUAUUGGUGGUUUACCUAACUACUUAAGUGAAGAUCAGGUUAAGGAGUUGCUAAUGAGUUUCGGUCAACUGCGAGCAUUCAAUCUGGUGAAAGACUCGGCUACCGGCUUGUCCAAGGGCUACGCGUUCUGCGAGUACAUCGACGUGUCGAUGACGGAUCAAGCGAUAGCAGGACUCAACGGCAUGCAGCUCGGUGACAAGAAGCUGAUCGUGCAGCGCGCCAGCGUAGGUGCCAAGAAUCCGAUGAUCGGAGCCCAGGCGCCGGUUCAAAUUCAAGUUCCUGGCUUGUCCAUGGUCGGCACGAGUGGACCUCCGACAGAGGUACUGUGUUUGUUGAACAUGGUGACGCCGGAGGAGCUCAUGGAGGAAGAGGAAUACGAGGACAUUCUUGAAGAUAUCAAGGAAGAAUGUAACAAAUACGGCGUUGUGAGAUCCGUCGAAAUUCCACGACCGAUUGAAGGUGUUGACGUGCCCGGAUGUGGAAAGGUAUUCGUCGAAUUCAACAGCGUCAUCGAUUGUCAAAAAGCACAACAGACGCUCACAGGUCGUAAGUUCAAUAACCGCGUCGUGGUCACGUCGUACUUCGACCCCGACAAGUACCACCGUAGAGAAUUUUAA